AUGAAGCAUAAAGGUAUCACCGGGGUUUGUUACGGCCGGAACGGCAACAAUCUCCCGACGCCGGCAGAUACAGUAGCUUUAUACAAAACCAACAAUAUCGACGCAAUCCGUAUGUACGAGCCCUUCGCUGACAUGCUCGAAGCCCUCCGUGGCUCAGGUCUCUCCGUCGCGUUUGGUCCACGAAACGAAGAAAUCCAAUCCCUAGCCCAAGAUCCAGCCGCCGCAACAAAUUUCGUCGCCACCUGGAUCACACCUUACCAAAACGACGUCACAAUCAAAUGGAUCACAAUCGGUAACGAAGUCUUCCCCGGAUAAAUCGCUCCAUUCGUCGCCGCCGCGAUCAGAAACGUCAACGCCGCGCUAACGAAUUCCGGCGUCACAGGAAUCUCCGUCACAACGGUUUUAGCUAUGAACGCGUUGACCAAUUCAUAUCCACCUUCAGCUGCAACAUUCCUCCCAGAUCUAACCGAGAUCAUGACGGAGAUUUCAUCGAUACUCUCUCAGACGAAUUCGCCUCUCAUGACCAAUAUCUACCCGUACUUAAAAAAUUUCAAUCAGAUUUAA